AAGAAAGAGAAAGAAAAAAUAUUGAAUGUGAUCGGAAAUAAAGGAAAAAUUAUCAAAUUUUGUAACACAAUUGUAAAAAUGACUGAAUUGCGAAAUAGGAAUCCACGAAUCAAAAGAUGCGCGCGACCAGACGAUUGCCCUCGCAUGCUACCAGUUGGUCAGAUUUCACUCGCCGCUCGAUCUCGCUUUUGGAUUUCAGUUCUAGACUCAGCUGUGUUAUGUUUGUUUUGGUGUAAAACGCAUAGUUUGGAAAUGUGUGAUAUUAAUUUUCAUCACACAUAGAAUUACAUUUUUGAAAUUAUCUGGGAAACGAGUUGGCACGACGUGUCAUUGAUGUUGCUUUUCAGGUCAUAUUGAAUGUUCAACCUUAUAUAUUCCUUCAUUGCUUUCAAAAUAGGCUAAUUCUUGUCAUUUAUAUACAAGAAAUUGUACAGCAAUUUGGAAAUGAAUUUAUCAGAUGACAUUUCUCAAGGUUUGAAACCUUUAGGAAAUUCUAGUGCAAUAAAUGAUGAAUGUUUUAUGAAGCUUUUAGAUAUGUGUGUAAGUGUUAUUCUUGAAAGUGAAGAGACUCGACGCUUGUCACAGUUAGGUAACGUGAAAUUGGAUGUGCUGAAAGCCGCUUAUGCUUCUUUAUUAUCUGUUUUAAUUGAAGCUGCACGGCACAAUGUGGACAGUGAAGUACUUUCCUCUAUGUUAGCACAAGACCACAAUUUUUCUUCGUCACGUGCAGAAAAGCUGGUGAAGUGUUAUGUAGAAAAUAGAACUAAAUUACAAGCUUCUUUGAGUCAUAUUGGGAAACACCCUCCACAUAUAGUUGAUGCUAAUUGGACAUUGGAUUAUUGCAUAAAGGACAGUAGUUUGGAUCAUGUUGGCAAAUUACAAUAUUUAAUUCAAAUUCAAGCUGAAACAUGUGAUGAAUCAAUGGAUUUUAAAAAGAUAACAAAGAAAAUAAAAUUUGUGUGUACUGUUGAAGAACUUCAAGAUUUUGUGUCUAAGUUGAAAGAUGCUGUUAAACAUGUUGAACGAUUAGCUGUUGUGUGAAAAUCAGAUCAGUAAAUUUUAUCAGCACAUAAUGUAUAUGUGCAAGACUAGUCGAUAUUGGUCUCUUUUGACCUCAAAACAUUUGCUCAUUUGUGAAAUCUUGUCAUUUAUGACCAGUUUGGUUCAGUUUACAGUAAUAUUUAUUACAACAAAUUUAUCUUUAUCAAAGGCAAGAUAUAUUACAGACAAAUUGCAUAUGGGUUCCAUUUAUCUAUAACAUAGAGUUAAUUUUGUUACCUUUUAUAAUGCACUACCUCCAGAUCGAAUGAUGUAUUAUUAUCAAACUGAUUUUGUGUUUGUCCUUAAUGUGAGUACAUGUUAUAAAAGCAUUAUUUUCGAUUGCAUUUUGUAGAAACAUUAUAUACUCUUUUACUGGGAUUUCCUAUAUCUUGGCCUGUCAAGUAAAGAGUUUGUGUGUGUAUAUACUAUUAGCAUUGUUAUUUGGGAACAAGGGUAAAAUAUUAUUAAAAAUGUAUUUGGCUUUAUGUGGAUGUAGACAUUCAAAAAAUAGUUUUUGUUGUAAAUAGCUGGCAAAGAAACUUUGCAAAAAGAAAUUUAAUUGCAGAAAUUAUCAAUUAUUUGUUAAAUCUGAAAAUAUUUUUAAAAAAAUAUUUUUGUUUCUGUUAUAACUCUUACUGUACUAAGAAACUGAAUUUUUUGAAAAAACAUUGUGAGGCUAUUAUCAUUUUUACCUGAACGUUCAUGUUCUGUUUUCAACUAAGGAAUAGUUACAGAUGUUCUGAAUGUCUUAAAAUGCUAUCUAGAGAUGUGUAAUGAAAACAAUCAAAAAUGAAAUCUUUUGUGCGUUUUAUGUGCAUUUAUUUUAGGUUAAAAUAUACUUGUUAUUUGAAAUGAAAUUAUAAUGUAAGAAAGGUGAAAUAUAUCAAUUAUUAUCAAAUAUAUCAAGAAUAUAUUAAUAUGAGUGUUUGCCUACUCAUUAUUUUAGAAGGAAUUUAGUAAUUUACACGUGUUUAGUAAUGUACAUUUAUUACUAUUUACCACAACUUUUUUUUAAUUGCCAGUGAUAUAAUGCAAGAGUGCAAUUUGUGGAGUACAGAUUGAAUUAAUUAAUUCAGUAAUCUUGACUCCAGGCUCGGUUCUAGAAAAUGGAAAAUAGUGUAAUAUUGCUCUUGUGUUUUUCUUCUUGGUAGAAGCAAACUUUUGUACAUUCUUUUGAAAUUAAAGACAAACUUUUGAAAUUUGGUAAAUGUUUCCUAUCAUUUAUUUUUGGUAAUGUUUUAUCAAUAAUGGAACGAGUGAUUGAAUGAUAUAGUAUGUCAAGCGGGCUUUAGCGUCUAUAUGGAGCAAUGGAGCAAAUUAAUGAAUAAUGAAACAUGUUAUUGUGAGAUGUGGUGGUUUAUCAAUACCUUCCAUUAUAUUAUCUCAAUUUGAUAACAUUUCUACCUUAUGUGAGUUUUGAAUUCAAUGUUAAGACCUGUGCAGAAUGGUUGCUGCCACAGCAGUGUGCUACAUAGAUCAGCUUAUAAUUUUCAAAACAAUUAAUUUUAUAAUUUUUCAUACUUCAAUUAGAAGAUAUGAAUCAUCUCCAUGUAAGAUUGUUGUCUUCCAAUUUACUUGGUUACAGGGUUGGGCAAAAUACUUUAAAUUUAGUAUUUAAAUACUUACCCAAAAUACUUUCUAAAUACAUAUUUG